CUGCUUCUCUUUGCGUGGUCGAGCACGCCGUGUUUCCUGGAAUGGGAUGCCCAAGAGGGUGACAGCCCCGUCGAGCCGUUGCGAGCAUGAAGCCCAAGUUUGGCGCAGUGGUCGUUUUAGUAGUCAUACUGAACAAGGAGUCAAAAGAUAGAUAAGCUUAGUCACAGUAUAAUGACCGCUGAGCGAAUUCGAUUUCGAUUACUAUUGGAAACAAUAUGUUUAAAGCACUACCAGUAGAACUCGAAUCCACAAUCCCCUGAUUAGAAGUCAAAUGCCAUAUCCAUUAGGCCACGGGAGCUACUGUUGUUAUUUGCGACUUUACUGAUCCGGAGGAUUUACGAACUGAGUGGCGACUCUGAAAGUGCGGUGUCGAGAAGAGGAGGUCUGUUGGGAGGCUAAGAUGGCAGAAGAGACAAUCCUCACAGGGGACGAUCUGAUGAUGGGUCCUCCUUCGCCGAUGAUACCACCCGAGCUUGCAUCGCAUGUUCUGGACGGCAUUGAAACCUGCUCUUCCUCCCUUCGUCGUCUUUUCCACUGCCUUCAUGUGAAUGAUAUCGAACCUUUCUGUCAGGACCACAUCAUUCUGUAUCGCCGCUGUUCUGAACAAAGGGAUGCCGAGGUAAGAAAAAGAAUACAAGAUGCGGAGAAGACACUAGCACUUACCAUGCCGGAGACUGAUGCUCGAGAGCGGUUAGCGCAGUUGAAAACCGAGGCCGAGGUUCUAGAAAGACGGAUGAUUCUAGCCUCCGGGAUAGAGGGUGUUGAUGGGUUUCGGCAGCGCUGGAGUAUGCAUGGUCGCCUGUAUGACACCAACAAGAGAAUAGAGUGCAUCGCUUCGGGAUUGGAAAGCAGGGUAAAGCACGAACCACCUCAGGAGCAGCAUUCAAGAUCAUGGUGGAACUGGAGAUCAGGUUCAGGUUCUGCCCCUAAGGGAGAUGUUGUGAGCAAUUGAUCAUGGAUGCGGGAUUUAUACUCCGUGGAGGAAUUUGGGAUAGAUUCCUCCCUAAAGUUCCUGGAUUAGGUCGUAAUGAACGGAAAGCCAGAAUCGAUUUGGUCACCUGCAUGCAGAACUGGGGCAACUAUGACAAGUGUUCAAAUGACAACUAUAGUUUAGGGAUCAUAUAUAAUUGAUGAAGAUCUUCAGAAACUACAGCGGCAGAUGAUAUGUUCACCUGAAGCUUGCAUGUGCUUGCUAGAAUGAAUCAACAAUUUCCUCUCUAUUGUAUUGGACUAGGUUCUAUAGAUCCGGCUAUGGCUCUGAAAUCUAGAGAAUGGUGAAGAUUCCCAAGGUGAUGUAAGGAUCGAUACAGCAAAGCAGCAUGGUGGUGUUGGCAUAUUUCUGUAAAUGGAAUUGUAGGAAACCCUUGUGCCAAGAUGGCGUCUCUGGAUUAUCGUGACGCUAGCAGCUUCAUCCAGUUGAUGAGAUUUUUUUUAGUUCUCUGUAUUCGCACGUCACAUAAACUCUAAUGAGAGACCUUCCCGACAGACGUUAAUCGAGUAA